CGGCGCAGUGGCGGUGGGGCGGCGAGCAGGCAGCUCCUCUCAGAUGGAGGUCCUGGACGAGUUCGACAGCGAGUUCCCCCAGAGCGUGAACUUCUGCCAGCUCAUCUCCGAGGAGGACUUCGAGAGGCAGGCGGCGACCUACACCGAGCGCGCGCUGCGCCGCCUCUUCCGCAGCAUCGACCGCAACCCGGCGCUGGCCGAGCGGGUGGUGCGCAAGAGCAAGCAGGCCGAGUGCGAGCGGCGCGGGCUCCUCUCCUUCCUCUGGGCGAAGUUCUUCUGUGCCGUCCAGGGGGAGCUGAACUGCUGCAACAGUAUGGGCGCCGCGGAGAUGCGUCAGCGCUUGGAGCAGCUGAAAAGGAGGAUCCACCGCGCGCACGUCUACUCCCAGGAUGCCAGGAAGAAGAGAAGGAAGCCAAGAUUGAAGAAACCACAACCUAUCCUCCUGCGAGACCAGUCGACCUCCCCGUGCCUGCCACCAACCCUGCUGCCACCUCCACCACAGCCACCACCUGCCACCACUAUGGCCUCCGUAGUGGCUCCGUCACCUGUCUACACUAUGCCAAGGGUCUUUGGUCCUUUCCCUCCGCUGCCCAGCAAGUCGGUAGCGCCCAUCCCCCAGGCUGGGUCAGGACCUCUUCAGUCGGCUUCCAGCCCCCAUCCCGUCCCUUGUCCCCCUGACACAAAACUCAAGGUGGACACCGAGGAUGAGCCUGACAUAUUUGCUGAUUAA